GGAGCGUUGCCAAGAGUUGGGCAUUUCCUGUCAGGUCAGUUUCCUGAAAGACUGGUAUUUAAAUAAACCGCAGUAAGGAGCCGCAGUACCUGUGGUCUACUGAGAUUUUGUGCAGCAGUAGGACAUCAUUUUACAAUACAUUUGCCUUUCAUUUGAUGAAAUACGUGUAAUUUUAUAUCCAGUAUUUUAGAUCGAGAAGAAAUAAUUAUUUUGCCGCUUCAGUAUUUCAAUGUAAGAAGAGAUAAAGUGAUUUGUUUGUGUUGGUUCUCCACAGGUUAUGAAUGAAACGCUUGCAUUUUUAUGUUUAAAUUGAUUUUUUACUAAUUUUACUGACGACAUUGCAGUGGUCCCUUUAAUAAAGCUGAAUGCAUUUUUCAAGCUUUUUCUUUUAAACGAUUUCGGUUAACCGCGGAGAAGCACUUCUUUUUCUACUGCUUUUUCUAAGCAUCUCUACUGAAGCAAAACAAAUACAUUUAUAUUUUACAUGAAAUAUUGUAGAUUGGCCUCAAAAAAAAAAACAACAACAACAACAAAAACCAUAGUACAUAAUUUUGUUUUAUUUACUGCAUAAUUCAAGCGCAUUUUUAAAUCAAGUGAAAGGUAUACACGAGAUUACACUGCAUCAUGUUCAGCUGGUUGGGUAAUGAUGACAGGAGGAAGGAUCCUGAGGUGUUUCAGACUGUCAGCGAAGGGCUCAAGAAGCUCUACAAGACCAAGUUGCUGCCCUUGGAGGAACAUUACAAAUUUCACGAGUUCCACUCGCCAGCCUUGGAAGAUGCUGAUUUUGACAACAAGCCCAUGGUCCUGCUGGUUGGUCAGUACUCCACUGGAAAGACCACCUUCAUCCGGUACCUGUUGGAGCAGGAAUUCCCUGGUAUGAGAAUUGGUCCAGAACCAACAACUGACUCCUUCAUAGCAGUGAUGCACGGUGAUGUGGAGGGGAUAGUCCCAGGAAAUGCCUUGGUUGUAGACCCCAAAAAACCUUUCCGGAAGCUGAAUGCAUUUGGCAAUGCAUUUCUUAACAGGUUUGUGUGUGCCCAGCUCCCAAACCCAGUGCUGGAGAGCAUCAGUAUCAUUGACACACCAGGUAUCCUGUCUGGGGAGAAACAGAGGAUCAGCAGAGCUCAAGAGGAGGGUUAUAGCAGGCUCCGUAGAUGCCCGUAUGGAGGCUAUGACUUUGCUGCGGUGCUGGAGUGGUUUGCAGAGAGAGUUGACCGAAUCAUUCUCCUAUUCGAUGCCCACAAGCUAGACAUCUCAGAUGAGUUUUCUGAAGUGAUCAAGGCACUGAAGAACCACGAGGACAAGAUCCGUGUGGUCCUGAACAAAGCUGACCAGAUCGAGACACAGCAGCUGAUGAGGGUCUACGGUGCCUUGAUGUGGUCGCUGGGGAAGAUUGUCAACACUCCUGAGGUGAUCCGGGUUUACAUCGGUUCCUUCUGGUCUCACCCACUGCACAUUCCUGACAACCGCAAGCUCUUUGAGGCAGAGGAGCAAGACCUCUUUAAGGAUAUUCAGAGUCUACCCAGAAAUGCUGCCUUGAGGAAGCUGAAUGACCUGAUCAAGAGGGCAAGGCUUGCUAAGGUUCAUGCCUACAUUAUUAGCUCUCUGAAGAAAGAGAUGCCUGCUGUGUUUGGAAAAGAAAACAAGAAAAAAGAACUGAUUGGCAGCUUAGGGGAGAUCUACAGCAAGAUUGAGAAGGAACAUCAGAUCUCCCCAGGGGACUUCCCCAACCUAAAGAAAAUGCAGGAGCUGUUACAGUCUCAUGAUUUGAAUAAGUUCCAACCCCUAAAGUCCAAGCUGCUGGAUAUGGUGGACGACAUGCUGGCUCACGAUAUCGCCCAACUCAUGGUGCUGGUGCGGCAGGAGGAGACGCAGAGACCCAACCAAGUGGUGAAGGGCGGCGCCUUUGAGGGCACCAUGAAUGGCCCCUUUGGCCACGGUUAUGGGGAAGGAGCAGGCGAAGGCAUCGACGAGAUUGAGUGGGUGGUGGCCCGAGACAAGCCCAUGUAUGAUGAGAUCUUCUACACCCUGUCACCCGUCAACGGGAAGGUGACAGGCGCCAACGCCAAGAAGGAGAUGGUGAAGUCCAAGCUGCCCAACACUGUUCUGGGCAAGAUCUGGAAGCUGGCAGACAUUGACAAAGAUGGCAUGCUGGAUGAUGAGGAAUUUGCUCUGGCUAACCAUCUUAUCAAGGUUAAGUUGGAAGGUCAUGAGCUGCCAAGUGAUAUUCCUUCCCACCUUAUUCCCCCUUCUAAGAGAAAAAUCGCAGAAUAAAAAGGUUGUUGGGGAACGUGUGAGGAAGGAGAGAAUUAGUACUCCUUAUUGAAGGUCAUUUUAAGCUUUCAUAAAAUGAUCAGUGGUUAAUGAAGAGACUGGCCUAAAACACACUCAGGCUAUUGAGCUUUUGUGUUACAUAUUUGCUUCUUAGUAUGUGAUAUAUAAAGAAAGCAAACAAGAAGUGCAGAAGUCUUGCUGAAGGAAAUGGAUUGCAGUCUUAGCAUUAAUACUUGUAGAAUUGAUGGUAGAUAUUGAUCCAUAGUAUUAAAAAAUUAUAAUAAUAACAUCAUCUUAUUCUGGGACCCAAGGCAUGCAUUACCAGAAAAAUAUUUAAAAACUAAAAUCUUAAUUCUCUUGUUUUGUUUUAUUUUAUUUUACGGAUACAAUUUUGAUUUGAAAUAAAGUACCAACUAACAUAAUUUUAUAAAUGGUCCACCUGUUCUAUUGGUUUGUUCUCUUGCACAGUUAAAAAGAUAGAAGUAAAACUAAAUGCAAACUCUAAUUAGCCUGACCUAUAGACUGUUAAUCAUAUAACCAUAUGUUAGCAAUCAAAGUCCUUAAUGUAUAGUGUUUGGUACUGGUAUUGCAUUUAGAAGUAGCAACCCUUUCUGUACAUGCAUAGCCAUUUAACCUGAUAAAUUAACUUUGUGGUGCUUUUUCUGUAGAAGUUAAAUGCAAGUACUGAUCUUAUAUUUGGAGAUGUUUCCAUAAAAUGAGUAGAAUAACUUCACAUACUGUACUACCAUGGGUGAUUGUUUGGAUUCUGUGUACAGUAUGUAGAUGCAUAGAGUAGCUGUAAUCAAUACUAAUAUGGUCUUGCAUAUGAACUCCAUGCACUUAUUUACUACUAUCAAAAUAUUUAUUCUUUCAUGGUGUUUUAUAUUCAAGACAUAAAUAUAGUGUAGUUGUAACAUCACACAGUAAUCACCAUGGAAUACAAUGUGGGUGAGUAAUAAAGACAUUUACAGCAUUAAGGGACAUUAAAAUCUGGUAACAAUUGUCUUUGUUUUUUUGUUUUUUUUCAUGGUUUAAUUGUAUUUGUUUUAUGUAAGAAUUGCCCAGCAAUGGGAUGGAUUUCAAAAGUGCUUGACAUAUUUCAAACAGGGCCUUAUCAUUAGAAGGUGAAACUGUGUCGUUCAUUGUGACCAAAUCUCUUUAUGGGUACUUUAGCCUUCUCGAAACUGUAGUGAAUGAAGUCUUGUAUUAUCUAAAUAAGGAAAUAAUUAACAAAGUUCAAAGAGAGUUGUUGAUGUCAAAGCUAAAUGUACUCUACAGCUGAAUCUUCACCUGAGCAACUUUUAUUGUGCAGCCGAGUUACUAUCAGCCACGCUGUCACACGCAUUCAGCUGAAACAGCUGACAACAUGGAAAAUUGUAUUGGACGUGUUAUAGUCGUUUAAUCCGAUUGCUCAAAAAGUACAACCCCAAUCUAAUCUGCAGCCACUGUGAAAUAGCUGUUUUAUUGCAGCAGUUAAUCUUGUGUCCUUGAAAAAAAUCCCAUCAUUAUAAACCAUGUAAAUGGCUUCCAGUAAAUUGAUACAGCUAAUUUUAAAGUAAAUAUUAAAUAUUUUGCAUAUUUUAUGUAAGACUGUUUAUCAGAGGGAAGUACCAGUGCACCAGAAAUUUCAAAUUUAGUAAUCAAAAUAUUUCUGAAAAAUAGGCUAACUAUUACUACCUGUGUAUAGUGUUAUAUUUAAAGUAUAUUAUUACCAUAUGCAUUUGUUACAGGUCAAUAACCCUAGCUUUAAAGACUUUCUGUGUGAGUUUGAGGCUGUAAGUCAGAGCAAUAAAGAACAUAUACCCAUUUAAGAAUACAUGGUUUCUAAAAAUGGUUUCUGCAUUUUUUUUUAUUUAUUUAUUUUUUAAUAAAAUAGAAAUAUGUAACACAUUGUUCAGAAAGGCUGUACUUGUCCCCCAGUUUCAAGUCUGAAUAUCUAGUUGGUUUAUUUCAGUCAUUUGAGGCAUGGAAAGACCUACAUUUAUUAGUCCAGAGUAGUGUCUUACUUUAAGCUAAAAACUACACAACUAGUUAUUUAAGGGAUAUACUUUUGAAAUCCAAAAUGUAGGCCUUAUCGAUAUUCUUAUUGUUGAAAGCCAUAGCUGUAUUUAGUAAACAAUUGGCUUUGUUUCAGAUUUUCCAUACUAGUUUUCUGUCUGUUUAUAUCAGCAGUGACACUAGAUGAUGCUGGUAAGAACUAGAUACUUUUCUUAUUACUUCUCUCUGCACAUUUUGUUGUUGUUAUUAAGCAUUUUAGAAUAUGCUUAUUUGAAUUUAUUCAUUGCUAACGUCAGGCUGUGAGAAGUAAGGCCUGGUCUCAUACAUUGAAACCAUAUGCAAACACUGUUCUUCCAAGAAUUUAUUGAAAAUGCUGUGUGGGGGAAAUAACAUACUGGGACAUCUCAAUAUUUACCUAAUAAGAUAUAUUACCUGUAGACAAUAGUAUGAUGUCUCUUUCUAGAUUGUGUUCUAGUGUUGUAUAUAACAUUGUUCUGUAUGUUAACCUGGUUGCUGAGUACGUGCUUACAAAAAUUGUAAAAGCUAAAGUAUUUGUGUUCCCUGUAAAUUUCUGUGAAAAAUAUUAAUAAAGCAUUCCUCACAGGCAAAUGCUCAGCUUCUUUAAAAAUGAAUAAAAAAUAUUAAAGAUUA